AUGGGCCGAGGCCACCAAACGCAUCACCCUUCCUCUUCCACGUCCCACGCUCACUCCUCUCCGAUAACCGAAACCAUCUCUCAUCUCUCCUCCGCCGAUCCCGCACCGGCGGAGCAGCGGAAGCACCUUCCGCACCCGUUGCCUGAGGGGGACAUGCGCAACCAGUCGCACCAGCACGCGUGCGCCGCGCAACAGCCGGCGCAGCCUCAGGGAAUGGCGUUUACGGCCGGUAUUGGAAACGGGGUCUUUGUCCCCGCGCAAGGUACUUCCGCGCACCAUCCGCUGCCUCUUUCCCCGCCCUUCGAUCCCGCCACUGCUGCUGCUGCUGCAUCCGCGGCAGCGAGUGACGUCAGAACCGCCGAGACCCCUCAUCACAACGGCGUGGCGGGGGGUGCGGCCGGCAAAGCGGUAACGGCGCAGCGAGGGCAGUCGAACAAGCGAGCGGCGAUUGCGCUCGAGGGGGACGCGGAUGGCGGGGAGUUCCUGGAAGGAGCGUCCGCAUCUGCGACUCAAGAGAUGGUUCUUUCCGCCGAUAGUGCUUCCGCCACCGGCACCUCCGCGCCGCCAGCAGGUAGCGCCAGCGCACUCUCUGGAGAAGCGCUCGGCGCACGAGUUGCGGAAGGGGGGGAUGCGGGGAACUGGCGGGCACCAAGCGCAGUGGCAGCAGGGGCGCUCUUUCCCCUUGUUGCUCCGCUCUUCGCCCCACACGCAGCGGCAGAAGCCAAGGCGGGAGCAACAGCACGUAACUCUUCACACGCCGCAACACCUGCAGCUGCAGCGACAGCAGCAGCAGCUUCUUCCAAUGUCACCGCUGCUGCUGCUUCUGCUGCUGCUGCUGCCGCUGCCGCUGCCGCUGCCGCUACCGCUGCUGCGUCUAUCCAUGCUACGUCUCUGCCUGCGCAUGCUCCGUGCUUUCCGUCCGUGUCGUCGUCGCUGCCCCUGUCAGCAGGCAACUGUGCGUACCCAUGCCCACUCGCCCCGGCCAGCCUCUUCCCUCUCCCAUCCCCCUCUCCCUCUCUCCCACUCGGGGCUUUUGGAUUUGGCGGUGCUCAUGCAGGCUCGUGCGCAGCAGGCGCAGGCGCAGGCGCGGGUGCACUCGGCGUGGAUGCCCCCAUCUGGCCCGAUGCCAGCUCGCCUGCGGCCGGUUCCGCCCUUCCGCCUGCGCUCUCUUCUGCCGCUUCCGCGUCCUCGGCGUUCCCCUUGCUCCCGCACACCCACCCCCAGCAGCAGCAGCAACAGCAGCAGCAACAGCCACAGCAACAACAACAGCCACAGCAGCAGCAGCAGCAGCAGCAGCAGCAGCACCCACCUAUUAUCCGGGCUGCUAGACCCCGCAAGGGGACGCGCUUUGUCACCCGUGCGGCUGCUGGUACUGGCGCAGGCGCAGGUGCUGUGGGCAGCGGCGGAGUGGGAAGUGGCGGCGGCGGAGCAGGCGUUGGCGGCAGCGGAGGCAGUGCUGUUGGCAGUGCCGCGGACAGUGCGUCAGGAGCUGCUGGUAUCCAGCUGUCCCUUCCCUUUGCGCCUGUUCUCACAACGCCUGCUGCUUCUGCCGCCGCCGCCGCCGCCGCCGCUGCCGCUGCUCCUGCUGCUGCUGCUGAUGCCGGUUCCUCCGCCAGUGCCCCUUCUACGGUUGCAGCAGCCCCGACAGCAGCCGCAGCAGCAGCAGCAGCAGCAGCAGCGGCGGCAGGCGCAAGUGGCGCAGGCGUGAGGCGCACUGCGCAGGGGUCUUGGGGGGGAAGUGCAAGAGCGGGACCGGGGGAAAAGGAGGGCGGUAGCGAUGCGCUGGCAGGAGUGGGGGGCAGGGGGGGCGCAGGGAAGGGCGGAGGGGCAGCAGGGGGAGGGGGAGGAGGAGGAGGAGGAGGAGGAGGAGGAGGAGGAGGAGGAGGAGGAGGAGGAGGAGGAGGAGGAGGAGGAGGAGGAGGAGGAGGAGGAGGAAUAGGAGGUGGUGGUGGAAUAUGCAAGUUAGCUCACUGUGGGUGUCACCACCACCACCACCACCACCACCAUCACCACCACCAUCACCCGCAGCAGCAGCAGCACAAUCACACACCAGCUGGUGCCAGGGAGACGUCAGGCAACAGCAGCAGGGGAGAGAGUGACAGGCGGUUCGACGUGGGCAGUGGUACGGGUGGGGAGGAGGAGCGGGUGGCGGCGCGGGUGGAGGAGGUGGAGGAGGUAUCAGAGGAAGAGGCGAACAGGGCACUGAGCGAGGCGGUGAAGGUGGGGCAGUACGGCGUGCUGUUUGCUGCGCUGCGGCGCUGUGGCGGCAGUGCCAGCAGUGCGGUGCUGGACAGGGCGUGUGCGUGGCUCAUGGGAAAGAAGCGAGCGCUUAAGGCAAUUACCACCUCGGAAGCCUCGGCUAUUUUCCAUGUGGUAGCGGCGCGCACAUCGCCCAUAAUGGAGGAUUUCAAGGACUGGCUGGCGUUCAAGGCAGAGCCAGCAGCCGUCGAGAAACUCAUGCACUCACGGGCGUCACAGAGGGACACAUGUCAUCUCGCCUCAUCGUCCUCGUCAUCCUCGUUAUCGUCCACGUCACUGGGCCUUCAACCCGGUCCCUUCCCGUGCACUGCACGACCUGCCACCUCCACCUCCUCUUCCACGUCCACACUCCCCUCGAGCGGCGGUAAGAGCACCGCACCAGGGGGGGCAGGAGGAGGAGGAGGAGGGGGAGGAGGAAUCUCCAAUCCCUUAGAGGCCAAGGCGGCAGCAACAGCAGCGCUGCAAGCAGCAUUGGAAUCGCGAGACAUAGCCCGCAUGGUGGAAGCGCUGAGAUGCCACCGCAGCAAGGCCACUCCCAAGGCCGUGAGGGUGGUUCAGCAGGAGGUGAACCGGCUGCUGUUUGGGGAUGGGGGGGCUAGUGGGGGCGGGAGCAGAGCGAGUGGUGCGGCUGGGGGAGGGGAUGGGGGAGCGCGUGGGGGGGGAGCUGGUGCUGCUGGGACAGCAGGUUCAGGCGCUGCUGCUGCUGCUGCUGGUAAUGCUGCUGGUGCUCCUGGCGGGUUGUCCGGCGGUGCAGGCUCGAGUGUGGCACCAAGUGCACAUGCACAUGCUGCCUCGGGCGGUCAUGCGUGCUGCAACAAUCCCGCAUGCGUGCACCGCUCCUUCCCCGCCCCUGCGAGCCCCUUCCCCAACCUCACUCAUGCUGCUGCUGCCACAGCAACUGCAGUCAGCGCCGCGCCCCUGCAGCAAAGCAGUGCUGGGGGAGGCGCAGGGGGAGGGGGAGGGGGAGGGGGAGGGGGAGGGGGAGGGGGAGGGGUAGGGUCAGGGGGACACGGAGUUUUGCAAAAGGUUGGAGAAGGCAGAGGGCGGGGGAAAAGAGUGGUGGCGGCGGAUGGGGGGAGGUUUGGCGGGGGAGGGGAAGCAGCGGCGGGAGGAGGAGACGCGGGAGGGACAGUGUUGGAACGAGGGGGGAAGAUGGAUGGUCCUUUUGCAGCUUCUGCUGGGGGGCACGGGCCUUGUCUCGGCCCCAAGGGGCGCCCCCGCACCUCCAAGCUGCUGCGCCGGAAGGUCAAGACCAGCAGCAGCAGCAGCAGCAGCAGCAGCACCAGCACGAGCAACAGCAGCAGCAGUGCUAUUACGGGUGGCACCAGCACGAGCAACAGCAGCGGCAGUUACAGUGGGGACGGUGCGGCCUUUGGCAGCAGCAGCAGCGGUGGUAUUGGUGGCGUGGUAGCGGGGUCUUACGGAAUUGCUGCUGCUGCUGCUGCUGCUGUUGCUGGUGGUGCUACUGCUGGUGGUGUUGGUGUUGGUGGUGGUGGUGGUGUUGGUGGUGGUGGUGGUGUUGGUGGUGGUGGUGGUGUUGGUGGUGGAACGAGGGGUGCAGGUGGAGGUGUGGGUGGUGGUGGAGAGGCAGUUCAAGGUGUGGAUGCCGUCGUGUCGGGAGGCUGGCAGGAGUCGGCUCUUAGUGGAAACGCCGCUGCCACUGCUCAGCAGCAGCAGCAGCAGCUGCAGACCCAUCGAUUUGAGCAGCAAUCCCAGCUGUUUAAGCCAGGAGACGGGCAGUGGAUACAGCAGCAGCAGCAGCCUCCGCAGCAACAGCAGCAGCAACAGCAGCAGCAGCAGCAGCAGCAGCAGCAGCAGCAGCAGCAGCAGCAGCAGCAGCAGCAGCAGCAGCAGCAGCAGCAGCAGCAGCAGCAGCAGCAGCAGCAGCAGCAGCAGCAGCAGCAGCAGCAGCAGCAGCAGCAGCAGCAGCAGCAGCAGCAGCAGCAGCAGCAGCAGGAGCAGCAGCAGCAGCAGCGGCGGCGACGGCGAUGCUGUGAUGGCUGCUGCAGCUUCUCGGAUAACUAUGGCACCAUGGCGCCUGCUUUCUUGACUCCUGAUACCACCACAUCCCCCGCCCUCACUCCUACUUCCACCCCCAAACCCCCCUCCACCACCACCACCACCACCACCACCACCACCUCUUCCUCCUCCUCCUCUUUCGUUCUGCCCUCCUCCCUCUCCUCUCCUGCCCACGCUGCUUCCAUGCCUUCUCCUACCACUGCCACGACUCCCACCACCACUUCAGCCCCGCACCGGCCCCUUCCCUCCUCCUCACCUUCACCCUCCGUUCCCCUCUCCACCAACCCAGGGUCUGACCCUAGCCAACGUCCAGCCUCCACUGUGCGUCAGCAGCCUCGGCAGCAACAGCAACAGCAACAGCAACAGCAGCCGCAGCAGCAGCAGCAGCAGCAGCUUCAGCAGGAGAUGAUGCAGAGGAUGGGAGCGGCGUUGAUUGAGGAGGAGGAGGUGGUGCUGCGCGCCAAUGCUGCACUCAAAGAGGCUCAGGCGUCUGGGGAUCUGCAGGCUAUGAGGAAUGCGUUGGAAGAUCCGAUGAAUGCCAGGGCAGGGGCAGCGGUGCGGCACUGUUUGGCACGUGCGGUGAAGAAGAAGGAGCAGAGGGCACGGGGAAAGAAGGGCACGCCGCAGGCUGGUUCUACUGCUGGUGCUGCUGCUGGUUCAGAUGGUGUUGGUAGUGGUGGUGCUGGCGGAGGGGUGGGUGAUGGAUCGGGGCAGACGGGAGGAGGAGAAGAGAGGACGGAAGAGGGGGAGGAGGACGGUGACAAUAGCGGCCAGAAUGAGGGAGCAACGCAAGGGAGGGAAGCAGUUCUUGAUCGUGGGGAGGAGAAGGCAGGGGUGAGUGCGCUGGCAGAAGGGGGAUCCAGUGACGUGCGUGAGGAGAAGAAGAACGAGAGGUUUAAGGGCAGUAGGGAAGGCGAGGGGCAGCGAGGAGACGGAGCAGGGGAGGAUGAGCCAGGCGAUGUGAGCAAGCAUGGGAGCAAGAGCAAGGGCAAGGGCACGGGCAAGGGCAAGGGCAAGGGCAAGGGCACGGGCAAGGGCACGGGCAGUAGUAAUAGUAGCACAGGUCGUGCUGCAGUGGCGCUAGAGGAGGAGGAGGAGGAGGAGGAGGAGGAGGAGGAAAGCACAGAGGGGACGAGUGGGACACAGGACGGGGCUACUUCUUCUGCUUCUGUUGCCGCUGCUGCUGCUGCUGCUGUUGCUGCUGCUGGCGCUGCCACUGCUCCUGGCCGAGCAUGGGUAGGCAAGUCAGCUGCUGCAAUCGCUGCAGGCCGAGGGGGUGCGGGAGGAGGAUCCGCCACAGGAGCGAUGGGGCUUCGAUCGGCUGCUUCAGGUGCUGCUUCUUCUGCUGGGGUGGUGGGGGGUGGGUUCUGGUCAGUGGCUGACGCGGGAGGUGGAGGUGGGGGGGGGUGGCAGGAGGAGGAGGACGAUGAGGAGCUGUGUGUGAUCUGCUUGGAGAGGGAGCGAACGACAGCGUAUGAGCCGUGCGGCCAUGCGGCAUUCUGCCUGGAUUGUGCGCAGGCUAAUCUGGAGGUGCAUGGUGACUGCCCCAUCUGCCGCACGCCCCUGCAAGGCAUUUCCUCUGACUCUGGCAGAUGA